GACCAAGGAUGAUAGAGGAGAAACCUGCCAGAAGUCCAAACAUACAUGCUGAAUCCUUCUCUCUCAUAUCAAAAUAACUUUUGCUCUCACGAUGUCAUCAAGACAUGAGGUUCCUUCAGAUAUCAAUGUGGAUACGUUCCACGAUAUCCUCAACUCUUCCUCCCCAUCCUCACCAACUCAGUCUUGCAGCAUAGACGAGUCGUACAAGUACAUCUUCCUUCCCAUUUGUUAUUCCUUCACAUUCAUCUUUAGCAUCUCUCUUAACUCUGUCAUCCUCUACCGUUCUUUCCGUCGGACCAAACGCUGGAAUGCCUCUUUAAUAUACAUGGUUAACCUGGCCUCUACAGACUUUAUGUACGGCCUGUCGCUGCCAUUUCUUGUAGGAAGUUACAUAAUGCGUGACCGCUGGGUUUUUGGGGACUUCAUGUGCCGUGUGGUUCGUUUUCUCUUCUACUUUAACCUCUAUUGCUCCAUCUUCUUCCUCACUUGUAUCUCUGUGCACAGAUACCUUGGUAUUUGCCAUCCAAUGAAAGUGAUAACGCUGGAGACCAAGAAGGCCGUCAAGUGCACUUGUGUCCUUGUUUGGAUAAUAGUAUUUGCUUUGACUUGCCCCAUCUUCCGUUUUGCUCAGACUGGUCAUGUGACAAGAUUAACAGGGUUUGGAAGCAAUGUAAGUACUGACAACCCGAGUAAUAGCAUAUCAUCAGAAAAUGGUAAUGCGGGCUAUGGUAAAUUGGAAGGGGUAAUUGAAGAGUACCAGAACUGCUGGGAUGAUGCCAUCGAUAAGGAGUUUCCUGAUUAUGUACCCUAUGGCAUCACACUCCAUUUGCUGGGCUUUUUUGUGCCAUUUUCCAUAAUCGCUUAC